UAAUAAAAUUUUUUUUUUUUUUUUUUAACUUAUAAGCAUAAAGAUAAGUGUAGUGUUUGUUUUUUUUUUUUCAUUUUUACAAGAUAUAACUAUCGCAUGCACGAAAUAAAUAUUAUAUUUCGUCGUCGUCAUCGUCGAGAUGAGCGAGUCGGUAAAAGUGGCCGUAAGAUGUCGGCCCAUGUGCAGUCGAGAAAAGCAACAGGGGUGCCGGAACGUCGUGACGAUCGACAGCCUGACAAAAUGUUGUACUUUGGAGAAUCCAUCUUCGAAUGGAAAUUUGACUGGCGGGAAGGUGUAUCAAUUCGACGCAGCAUUUGGUUCGGAUUCAAGUACGGAAUUGGUUUACGAGGACGUUGGAUCGGUCAUCGUGGAGGCCGUACUUCAUGGUUACAAUGGUACGGUCUUUGCUUAUGGGCAAACAGGUUGCGGGAAGUCUUAUACUAUGCGAGGUUUCAUCGAACGUACAUUGGAACAUUUGUUCGAGGCAACUUCAACAUCGAGCACGGAGACACGUUAUUUGGCAUUACUUAGCUAUCUCGAGAUUUAUAACGAACGUUUACGAGAUUUAUUGAAGGAAGAUACGGGUGAAUCAUUGUUGAUGCUGAAGGAGGAUUCAACCAAAGGUACUUACGUGGCCGGUGGUUUGCGCGAGGUCACGGUCAAGGACGCUGCGGAAUGCGCACGUUUGAUCGAACAAGGUGAUAAAAAAAGGGCAGCAGCCGCUACGAAGAUGAACGCAGCAAGUUCGAGGAGUCACGCGGUUUUGACUCUUGCACUCGAGGCAAUAGCUAUUAACGAUAACGAGAAGGGUGGUAGUAAUGCUAUUAGAAGAGGAAGACUUCAUUUGGUCGAUUUAGCUGGUUCGGAGAGACAAACGAGAACCGGUGCUACUGGGGAUCGUUUGAAGGAAGCCGCUAGUAUUAAUUUGAGCUUAUCCGCUCUUGGUAAUGUCAUUAGCGCAUUGGCUGCUGGCAAUGGUCGACAUGUACCAUAUAGGGAUAGUAAAUUGACUAGGUUACUAAGGGAUAGUCUUGGUGGCAAUGCAAGAACACUUAUGAUAGCAUGCAUCAGUCCUAGUGACAUUGAUGCCGAUGAGACAUUGAGUACACUUCGAUAUGCCGCAAGGGCACGUUGUAUAAAAAACAAACCGGUUGUCAAUGAGGAUCCUAAAGAUGCUUUGUUAAGACAAUAUCAAUUGGAAUUACAGAGACUUCGUAAAUUAUUGGAAUCAAAUGAUAAGAUGAACGAUUCGAUUGGCUCGACUAAAGAUCUUGAAUUAUAUGAGAACGUUGAUACAACGGAUAAAGAAUAUAACGAGGAAGUUGAAAGAUUGAAAAAGGAAUGUGAGAAUUCGAAUUUGUCCGCUAAAAGAUUACGAGAGGAACUGGAUAUAUUGAAAUCGCGAUACGAGAAUGAUAAUGGUAAAAUUACAUUGCACGAGGGUGAACCUGUUAUCGAUGAAUUGGACAGAGAACGGGAAGAGAAACGAAGGAAGAAGAGAGAGGCAGCAAAACAAGAAGUAUUAAGGAGAUUGGAAAAACUUACGAUUGGUGGGGAGGCACUUGACAAUAACGAGUUAAGGAAACGAAGAGAAAAGAGAAGAAAGAGAUUGCAAGCUCUUGCUGGUGUUUUAGAAGCUAGCAGUCAAGAUGGCGGUGUCUUCCAAGUUUACGGCCAACUAAGAUCUACCGAGGAUGCAUUGAAGAGAAUGGCAAAGAGAGUACGUCAAUUAGAAGCGGAAGCUGCCGAUCUUCAAGCAUCCUGGGACGCGGAACGUCGUGAUCUCUUACGACGUGAAUUACUUACGUCACAAUUGUGCGACGCAAUGAUACCACAUUUGCGACCAGGUUGUCCAUUACGGGACGUAGAAUCUGUAAGGGCAUCGGCAACUUGGUCCGAGGAAUUAAAUCGUUGGAGACUUCCGGAUGCAUCUAGUUACAUAACAUUACCACCAACGUUCAUUCAAUUACGUGAUGGUAAUAUGAUGACAAACACGAUGACGACACCAGGAAUUAUAUCUAAGGCAGAUCUUAACAACAAUAAUAAUAAUAACAACAAUGACGGUAAAACAACAGGGAGGGAGGAUUAUAGAAAAACGAAUUUAAACGUGUCAACGAAUGAGACCGCAGACGAGACGAUUGAUGAUAAAAAUAAAAUGAAGGAUACGACGAAGAAGUUAGACAUUGCUGGAACAUAUUUUCGUAGAAAUAGAAUUGAUACAUUGUUGGCACGUGUCAAAGAGGCUAAAACAUUCGAAAUAGGAAAUCGUUUGAGCAAGUCCGGCGGUUCGGAGGAUACAACGACUCCGUCUAAUAAUAAUUAUCUACAAUUGAACGCAUUGAACUUGCAAACUAGCGCGCCUGUAAUCACCGAAUCAAAUGUUUAUAAACCGAGUCAACAUCCUAUAACAGUUCACGGUCAUUCAACUCGAUACGCAUGGACCAUAGAUGAUAAUCCAACAAAUAGAACUUAUGGUUCGCUCCUAACUAAUAUGAAAAAAAAUCCACCAAGGAUAUUAGAAGCAUUACCGUCUUAUCCACAAGGCAAUGGUCAACUUGUCAAUAAUCCGUUUCGUUUUAACGAAAGGAUACCUUCUAGAUUCGAUCAAAAUGACGAUCAACGACAACAUCAACAACAACAUGAACAAGAUGAAGAUGAAGUAGAAGAUGAAGAGGAGGAGGAGGAAAAAGGAAAACGCCGUGAACGUCGUUUACUCAAUCUCGAUCGAAAUUUUCAUUCCUCCAAGGCGAGCUAACGAUAUUGAUUAAUUAAUGAAUUUAUUAAUUAACGAUUAAUUAUUAACGAAAUACAUACUCGUUAUUUUUAAUAUUAUCGUUUUUGAACGUCCAUGUUAUAUCUUAAAUCAUUACAGGCGUUGAACAAUAAUUAUAUCACGUUUAUAUUUAAUUUAUCCUUUUAAAUAAUUCUAUAAACAGAUACAUAUAUAUAUCAUAAUAUGAAGAGAGUAAUUUGUGAGAAAAUGGAAAAAAAAAGAAAUACAAAACUAAAAAAAAAAAAAAAAACAGAAAAGAAAAGAAAAAGGAAGAAAGUGUAUAUAGGCUCACGAAGAGAGAUUAAACGAUCAGUAUUAUAUUAUUUUUAUUUAAGAAAAUAUUCUUUAUUUUACACUUCUGACAAAUGUUUCUUCGAUUUUGCAUAAUUUUCUUUUUUUUUUUUUUUUCCCUUUUAAAUAGCAUUUAAACAAUGAGAAUUAAAUGUUCCAAUUUAUUAUUUAAUAUUCCUCGAUUGUCUAUUUCUCGAUGAAAUUAUAAGAGAAAUUUAUUCUUUACGAGCAAGCAAGAUAUAUCGAAAAAAAUAAUGUAUAGAAAAAAAAAAAAGGAAAGAAAGAAAAAAAGAACAGUAAAAAAGGAAUGUAUAAAUAUAUAAUAUUUCAUCGAAAUCUAAAUAUUUUUUUAUACGUAUGUCUAUGUCUGCGUUGAGCUUAUGCUUAUGAAUGUGUAAUAUAUUGUUGAUUCUUUAUAUAUGUAUUUAUACAUGUAUGUCACUGAUGAAUAGGAUUGUAAAUUAAUUUCCUUUUAAUUUGUCAUACACAUGGUUAUUGACACAACGCAUUAAUUUAGUUUCUCUUUAUUCUAUUUUUAUUUUACUUUUUCUUCUUUUUUAUAUUUCCGUGUAAUUUUUUUCUUCAGAAUUUCUUUUCCUCUUUUUUAUUUUUUUUCGCCUCAAGCAACCUUAUGUAAUCCCGAUGAACGAUCAAUUCCUUGAUUAAUUUGAAAGUAAAUUUCUAAAACUUAUAACCCACGUAAAAAUCAAACUAUAAAUAAAAUGAAAGAUAGAUAU